GAACAUACUCUAUCACCGUCGGUAAUACUAUUCGAUUAGCUCUCAAGGUAUUGAGAACAUUAUUGUUAUGUUCAUAUUCCUCUGCACUUUACCUGAUAGUUAUGAAUCCACAAGAGAUUGGUAGUAUUGACAGGCAAGAUGUCGUGUCAAAGGUGGGGAAUGCAUUUAUACAUUUUGAAUGUGUACCUGAUAACAUUCGAACAAGCUUGCAAUUUUUUGUUUUCUGUUUUUUCGUUAACAGACAAUUGACAAGGUCAAGGAAUUCACCUAAAAACUAGUAAUAAAAUCUCUCAUCAAAUCUUGUAGGGAGGUGCUACUUGGGUUGAUUGUUCAUCUCAAAAAACCUUUCGCCUAGCGUGUGCACUUUGACUCUACUUGAACAAGGAUAAGUUGUGAAACCACCAAACAUUUUGUUCAGUUCAACAUAUUCUUCUUCGAUCAAGCACAUAAAACUCUCUUUUCUUCAACCCAAUUGAUGCGAAGCAACUCAGCAAUCUCCUCCAACGUUACUCAGGCAUGCCUAACUCUUCUAAUUAAGCGCCUCGUCUCCAGGCCUCAAAAGCCGAUAGAAUGUAUUAUUUUAUUAUUUUAUCCUUUUAUUCUUUUAUUUAGAAAAAUGUUAAAAUAACCCAUACUUUUGUUAAAUUGACCCAUUUGUUUAAAUUAUGAGUGCACUCUUUGUCUCCAACCCACAUCCCCGUUCCCAUGUUCCCAACUCUCAUCCCCGUUCUCAAGUGUUUGUUAUCUACCUGAUUGCCCCUACUGAAGGAAAACCCUUCCCAGCAUCCAAUUUGAAGCUCAGUUAUGCUUUCAAUUCUACGGAGGGAUGCUGCACCGUGCCUGCGCCCCCUGAACCCAUCGAAAAUUUCGAUUUCAAACCCAAGCUGCCGAUGCGAGUCUGCCAUGCUGCACACUUGGUGGACAAAGCCUACAUCGUUAAGUACCAGAAAGCGGUGGAGCUAAUGCAAGCACUACCUCAGACAGAUGGAAGGUCAUUCAUAGCUCAGUACAGUCUCCACUGCGCGUACUGGAGCUGGGAUAACCAGAACAGCAAGCAAAACCCCCUCCCUAACAUCUUCCCCAAAGUCUACAAGGACAAUAACACCUACUUCGCAAAUCCCAUCAACAAGACAUCGCCAUUGUUUGACCCUCUGCGCAACGCAUGUGCUACUCAAUCCUUUCCCCUCCGCUUGGUCAAAUUCUAAGACGUGGUCGGAAUUCCAUGCAUCCCAAAGAACCCCGAAGCGGUUCGCUUUGAAAACGCCCACUUGCUCUGGACAUGGUUUUUGUCCGGCGGCCCAACACCUUGACAUUCCACAGGGCACCCUACAAGUUCGGAGACUAUGGCGGGGUUGGCAUGGGCACCCUAGAAGCGAGGCCACACAGGCUCGUCCAUAUCUGGACCAACGUGAUCAAGACAUCCACCAACAAGGACUCUGCCUCCAACCCCUUCUACUCCCACCACGCCAACGUGGAUCGUCUAUGGGAGACGUGGAAGACGCUCCUCGGCAAAUACCGCAAGGACAUCUCAAAUCCCGACUACUUUAACACGGAAUUCACGUUCUCCGACGAGGACGGCGAACAAGUGUCUGUCAGCGUGAAACAAACACUGGAUCUCGACUUAUUGUGGUACAAGUACACGAAUUCGUUGGCCGACUGGGUGGAGAAUGGAGCGGUUUCGAAAGCUGCCAGUCCUUAGUGGAAAC